AUGCACAACCUCCACAACUUAAAUAUUAACCCAAAAGACAAGCCGAAAGACGUCAGAACAAUCCACCUGCUGAACAGCAAUUUCUCAAAGCAUUGAUCUCGAAAUAACGAAAUAACCACAGCCCGUUAUAAUUUUUGAAAUUUUAUCCCUAAAAAUGUUUUUGAGCAAUUUCACCAGCUCUGGUACUCUUGGUUUUUGCUUAUUCUGAUCCUAGAUUUGACCUAUUCAAGCUCUAUUGAGAAAUCAUUUACAGAUGUGUUUCCUUUUUGCAUAAUUCUUCUAAUAAGAAUCAGUUCAGACGGAUUUCAUGACUUGCGAAGGCAUAAGUUUGAUAAUGAAAUAAAUAACCGAGAAUUCAAAGUUUUGACAAAUGAUGGCGAAAUUAUUAAUUUCCCUAGUAAUUAUUUUAUUGAUUAUAAAACAGAAUGGCAAAUCUAAUUUAAUUUUAAAAAUUAUUUUUAAAAGAUUCAAGCUAUUUAAAAUUAAAUAUAUCUAAAUGGAAUUAAUAAGAAAUUUGCUGAUUAGCAUUUAUCCUAUUUUAAUUAGAUUAGAAUAGAUUUAAGCUAGUAUUUGUAGUCCCACUUCUGAGCAUCAUGCGCUUCAAGGUCAACUUAAGCCAGCGCCGAAACCCCCGGUUUCUCGGCAGAUGCAUUUCACUCCAUGGUCUAGUCUUGCGAACUUAUUUCCAACCAAGCAAUCAGCUUACCCAACCUUGCUUUGCUCAGGCCAGAUCGCCCCUUUCACGGGAUCCUUUUUGACAGGAGAGACUUUAGCCUUUGAGUCUUGUCUAGCCUUUCUUCCCUUUCUACCUUGUUUAUCCCAGAGGAAAAAACUCAACCUCCUACAAGAUGUGAGACAGGACACGAAGCAGUCUAAGCACCCAGCCCGAGCCUGGAUGCUGCUUAAAAAAAUACCAUUCGAGCCAAGCUAUCAGCCAUAAUAGUGGUGGCUGGCUGACCACAAGCUUUACUCCAAUACCAAGUUUUUGCCUAAGUGGAGAUGGGUUCGGAAGUUGGAAAGGGGUUUCCCAACAAAGUCAAUAGCAUUUGUCUGACCAAAUCGGAACUAUUCCCUAGCGUGAAACCGAUAGUUACGCACUGGGCUACGGAUUUCCAUCAUGAUAAGGGUCGACCAGAAAAUUCAAAGCUUUUUGAAUUUUAAUGGCGGACAAUCCUGUUGACGUGCGGCACGGCGACGCGACUCACUCCAUUAUCUGGAUGCGAAUGCAUGCCCUCGUCCGGGAGGAGCAACCUUUGACAGCUCAUGUACGAACUGGCGAGCAGGCGAAGGGAGCGUUACGAAUAGAUAUUGUCAUCAAAAAUUAGAUGAGCCCCCUCAAUAAGUCUUUAUAACGAUAACGGCUUUUAUAGGCAAAAGAAGGUAAGAAAAAUAAAAACAUCUGUGUAGGUGAUGUUAUAGUUCUUCAUAAGGACCAAAAAGCACCUGCAGAUAUGAUAGUUAUUUGUACUUGGGAAAAUAAGACCAAGUUCUAUGUAGAUGUUACAGAUAUAAUAGGAGAAGUCCAAUAUGAUCCAAAAAAACCUGCAAGGGAAACAAAAAUAAUACUGAAGUCCCUUGAUUUGUGCGAAAUUGUGAGUGAAUUAAAUAAACUUAAUGUUGUGAUUAAGGUUCCAGAGAGUCCAAGCUUUAAGUUUUGGGGUUCUAUUAGAUUGAGGACUGGUCCAAAACCUACUUCGUUAACUCUCCCCACUUUAAAUUGGAACAAAAUAUACGUAAAAAUUCCAUUUUUCGACACUUUAACUUCCUUUAAAUUGGAAAAAAAAAUUUUUUAAAUUGUGAAGUUUUAAAGGUGAAAAUACUAAUUCUUAUAAAAUUGGUUUUUAAGCAGAAUCAAACAUCUUUCACAAUGUAUCGAUUAAUUUUUUAACUAAUUGUUAACUUAUAUUUGUUUAAUUUUAAAAAUAUUUUUUUAAAGAAAAAUUUAAUAUAAAAUUUUAUUAAAAAAUAAUGAAUCCCCCUUUAAAUUUUAGCAUAUAUUAUUUCCAAUUUAAAGCAGGGGUAAGCGAAAUGAAUUAUAUUAAAAGUGGCUCCAAAAUACUGGAAAUUGAAUGAGUUAUCGGAGUAGUUGUUUACACACACAGAGAAAUAAAGAAAUUCAAGCGAAGAUAUGCCCAUCUGUCCCUUUUAGAAAAAAAAUUAAACAAAAUGGUUAUUAUUGUCGCGAUUCUUGCAUCAAUCAUGAUAGUAGUUUCAGUGAUACUCAAUAUUUUUGUGUAUGGCUUAAAAUUUGGAGACAACACUUGAAGCUUAGUUAUAAGCACAAUUUUUUUAUUCCGAAGGCUAACUCCUCCAUCUUUACUUAUAUCUAUAAAGUUUAUCCAGCUUUAUUUUACCCAUGGCGUAGCAAAAAAAAUCCCAGGGGUAAAGUUCAACUCUUUAAAAGUGAGUGAAGAGCUAGGCCAAGUCGAGUAUAUUCUUACAGAUAAAACUGGAACUUUGACAUCUAAUGAAGUCGAGCUACCUAUUUGUAUUAUGGAUGGCGAAACUUAUCUUAGAGACAGGCCAAUGUAUGAGACUGAAGCAUCCCCUCAUAAUAAUGCAGAGACGGAGAGAGAAAUGUUCAUUGAUUAUGAUUGUAAAAGUUUUUUUGAUCUUAGAAGAGAGCUUAUGUCAUAUAAAACUGAUUAUCCACUUGCUUAUUAUUUCGUGAUGUGCAUGGGCGUGUGCCAUCAGUCGUGAACAACUGGACAAAUGUGCUGCAACACCUGAUCGAUGGAGGACAAAGCCAUGGUUGACACGAGCAGCAGUCUUGGCCUAGAUGUUGUCACAGCGACCAAAGAAAAAGCGACUUUGACCCUUUUUAAUCAAGAAAUCAUCCUAGAUAUACUUACAUUAAAAGGCUACUCUGAAAACAUACAAAAAUCCAGAAUAAUCGUAAAAGAUAACUUCAAAGGUGAAAUAAUCUUAUACGUCAAAGGAACCAAAGCAGAAAUGCUGAGAUCUUUUAACGUCUCUAAGAAGUUCAGGCACUAUAUAGAGUUAAAUGGAUACGAGACUCAGCUGUCUGGGAAAAAAACUGUAUUUUUAGGAUAUCGCAUUUUAAAUGAGUCAGAGCUCGAAGAUUUUGUAUAUGAAUAUAAUAUUGCUAAAAUUUCGCCUGUGAAUAGCGAUGGAAAGAUAGAAGACAUAUUUUUUAAGCUUGAAAGUGGGCUCAAUUUUUUAGGAAUUUUAGGCCUUGAGGAUAAAGUCCUAGAGGAUACAAAAGAAACAGUAUGAGCCCUUAAAAAUGCUGGGAUAAAGUUCUGGAUGGUAAGCGGAGACAGUGAAGAUAAUUCAUUAUGUGCAGGCGUUGCUUCUAGAAUUUUUGACCCUGAUUUAAGAGUGGAGAGGUUGUCAGAUUUCUCUUCAGAAUUAGACUGUAAGCUGGGGAUGAUUAGUCAAAUCAGAAAGAACUUUCUGACGGCUCAAGUCCACGUUGAAGAGAACAAUUAUAAGACAGACCACUGCCAGAUUUCACCUGACGACAGCUUUGCAAGUAUGUCCAACGAUAAAAUGGAUUCAAAACACAGCACACAUUCAACCCAACUGACAGUUCUUCCAAGCGAAAGAAAACACAGAAUACCAAUUGUUGCUCAAAUUGCCCCUGAAAACUUGGAAACUCCUAUUUUUAGCCUGCCGAUCUAUGAUAUCACAGGCUUCACCCUAUCUGUAGAUAGAAGUGGCUUAGAGUUUGGGCUUUGUUCAGAAGAGAACAGAAAAUAUUUCGCAGUCUUGCUCUGCGCGGCUCAAAGUGUUUGCUUUCAUUCAUUUCUCCCCAGAGAUAAAACCAAGAUCGCAAAAUUUUUGAGACACAAUUUUUCUUAUAACCCAAUUUUUUUAGCGAUUGGAGAUAGUCAGUGCGAUGUAGGAAUGAUUCAAAAGGCUCAUGUAGGGGUUGGAAUUACUGGAACAAGGACAGCCUAUUCUGGGCAUAUAUCUAUAGCAAAAUUCUCGCUUUUGAAAGAACUAUUGCUGUGCCAUGGUCACUGGUUCUAUAUCCGUGCAUCGAAAAUGGUCCUUAUGAUAUUUUUUGCUAACUUCUUACUUGGGUGAAUAAUGUUUUGAUAUACCACUACAGGCCAUUCCUAUUCCUACCAGCUUUUUGGGGAAUAUUUAAUUGCCUGCUAUCUGUUUGUCUUUACGCUGAUCCCAGCAUUGGCAGUUGGGAUGUGGGAUAAAGACUUAAAUAGAGAGCAGAUAUCAUUAUAUCCUCAAGUAUAUAGCACUCUUUUACAUAAUACACUACUUUCUACGUCUCAGUUUAUUUCAAUUCUUGCACUUGCACUCGUUCAUUCAUUUGUGAUUUUUUUUGCAAUUUAUUGUUUUGAAAUUAUUAAUGAUAACGGAUCUACCUUGAACCUUUCAACUCUGGAAUGGGCAAUCUAUAUAGCGAUGACUUCAACAGCUGCAGUAAUUAUUUUCAUAGAAAGUGCUUCCUUCAAUUUGUGGACUAUUAUUUCUCAUUUUAUAGCAAUUAUAUUGCUAGCAGCUUUUAUCAAUAUAGCUUCAAUCUUUAUGGAGGAAAUGUAUGGGAAUAUGGAAGAGUUCAAUGAGUCAUUUUUGCUUAUUUUGUUCGUUAUUAUGGGGCAGCUAGCUGUUGUGAUGAUUUCAUAUGGAAUCAAGUCUUGAACUUCACUGUUCAUCCCAAGCUUAGCUGAUUUUGCUAACAUGACUAAGAGCAAGCUUAUUGUUAGAGUCAAAUCAAAAAUUGAGGCUUUCCAGAACAACUUGCAGGCUAUUUAUAAAAAGACUAAAAACUUUAAGGAAAGCCAAACAAGUUUCGAUAUCAAUGCACUGACCUUGAAAUUUACAUCUAAAAGUAGAGAGGCUCAAUAUAUGGAAGAAAUCAAAGCCAGCAAUAUGAAGUCAUAUAGACUUCUCAUGCUUUCAUUAUACUUGCUGUUCAUUGAUUUUUUUGUUGAUUCAUACUUCACUGUAUCAAACCCUGAUGAGUAUUUUCCAUUUAUGAUAAGCAUUGUCUCUGUUUACAGUAUUUUGAUAAUCACCAUUUUUACCAAAUAUUUCCAACAGCAUUUGGAGACACUGAUAUUUUUCACCAGGCUAUUCAACACUGUGAUCGUAAUUAUUGCAAAACUAGUUUAUGCGACUUUUGACCCAAUAAUUUAUACAAAUUGGCCUCCGCUCUUCUUAAUAGGAACCAGCCUUCUGUGAAUCGAAAUGUUAUCAGCAACAAUCCUUUGCUCAAUAAUCACAACAACAAUAGUCACCUAUGACUUUUUCUAUGAAUUGGAUUUUUCUGAUGCUGUAGUGGCUAGCUUAGAAUUCUUUAUUCUCUAUGCUUCACUUAUCGUUAUAGCAUCUCUUAUUGGCUACGUAAUUGAAAAAUGAAAUAGAAAGCGUUAUAUCCUAUUAAAAAGGGUCGAAAUUGAAGUGGAAAAAUCCAUGCAAGUUCUCAAUGUUGUUCUGCCAUCUUUUGUAAGAAAAAGAGUCAAAGAUGGCUGCAGGUAUAUCGCAGAAGACCAAGGAGUUGUGACUGUCCUGUUUUGUGAAAUUUGUGACUUUGAACGAAUAGUUUCUGAUUACCCACAUACAGAAUUAUCAUAUUUUAUUGACGAUAUUUUUAAAAAAUUUGAUACGGUGUGUGAGUCUACUGGGAUGACAAAAAUUGAAACUGUAGGGAAAGUUUAUAUGGCUUGUGGAGGGCUGAAUGACAGCGAUGCUGAAAUUUCUCAAGUGUUCAGAGAGGUUUCUCAUACAAGACGAGCAAUAGAAAUGGGGCUUGGACUCAUUAGCGCUGCUAAGAAAGUAAGGUUGAGGAAAGAAAAGCAGCUACAGGUCAGGGUUGGAAUACAUACAGGGCCAGUUGUGGCUGGAGUUGUAGGUUUUCAUAAGCCCCAGUUUUCCCUUGUAGGCGAUACAGUAAACACAGCCAGCAGAAUGGCCUCAACCAUAAUAGAUCCUGACCGUGUCCAAAUUUCGAAGUCUACUUAUCAUCAUCUGGAAGAAAGAGAUGGCCUUCAUUUCACAAAACAAACCAUCGACGUCAAAGGAAAAGGUGAAAUGAAAACUUACUAUGUGAAACCUGGAGAAAUACUGCGCUGCAAAGCAAGAAGCACCACAAAAAAUAUGUUUACAAGCCCAAUAAAGAAAGUAAGUAGUGGCUUCCAAAAUCCUUAUAAUGUUAAAAGAAGCUCCAGCGAUUUUAAAUCUUUUACCCCGCUGAGCGCUAAAAAGACAUCUACAGUUGCGCCUGAGCUGAUGGAAGUUAUGGAUGCGACAGACCUUUUUGGCAAAACUGAAGCCAAAGUGUUUGAGCCUAUAAAAAUCUUUACUUCAAUAUUUUAUGAAGAUGAGAAGGAAAAAGAAAUAAGGAUGCAGAUGCUUGAAAGCAAUAAAUCGAUUUUGUUUUAUGGGCUGCUUUGCUUUGUUCUGUGCAAUUUAUCUAUGGCUGGGAUUCAAGCGAUUCACACAAUGUGGUUUGGAGAUGAAAGCUUUAAGGCCUUCCUUGAUUUUUUCUUUUAUAUUGCUGACUCCCCCCCCUCCGUGAGUGAGCAAAACCAUUAGAAAAAUCGCUAUUUUUUGCCCAAAAACCCACCCUCCGUGAGUGAACAAAAAUUUUUUAAUACAAAAAAUUUUUAUGGAAAAAAAUUUUGAUAUAUAAAUGAUAAUUAGUAUAAUGAAAUCUAGAGCUAAUUCUGUUUAAUUUUGAACGAAUUGCUUUUUAAAACAUAAAUUUUAUAAAUUAAAUUAAUAUUUGCUUUCCAAUUUUUGCGAAUUAGAUUUUUUUAAAUUUCGAAAAAAAAUAUUUUUUAUAAAAUUUAUAUAUAAAUUUUUUAAAAAAAAAAAAUUAACCCCCCUCCGUGAGUGAACAAAAUUUUUUUUUCACUCACGGAGGGGGGGAGUGAGGCUUUUGCUUAUGGGAUACUGCUGGUGUUUUUAAAAAUAAAUUACCGCAACAAGCUAUUUGCUUGAUGUCUAGAAGUCUGUUACCUUUUGUCUAUCUCCUACAGCAUAAUCACCAAUCUUGUCCUGAACAAUCCUAACUUAGAAAUUAUAAACGAGACAUACAUCCUUUUUAUGAUUUUGGUUUCAAGCCAGUGCUCCUUCACCUUUUUCAAGAACACUUUUCUCUUCUCAAUCUGCAUUUCAAUAUUCUACGUUAUCUCAUUAGUCAUUAUUGAUAUAAACUACUUAAGACAUCACAUUUUAUUUUCUGUGUUUUUUGUGGUUAUUGUGAUAUCCACAACUUAUCUAAGAGAAAAGGACUUGAGAGUAUUUUAUGCGCUAGAAGAGUAUGCAAGUUCGGAGCUGAAGAAGACAGAAGACUUGCUAACGCAAAUGAUGCCGCCUCAUGUGUAUCACAAUUUGAAAGAAGAAGUCGCUAACACAGAUACAUUUACUGAGGUCACGAUUCUAUAUGCUGAUAUUGUAGGGUUUACUGCUUGGUCUUCAGACCACAAUGCUUCUGAAGUUGUGGGGAUGCUUUCAGAACUUUACACAAGAUUUGAUAAAAAAUGUGUUGAAAAUAACGUCUAUAAAGUCCAUACAAUUGGAGACUGCUACGUAGCAAUUGGACUUAUGGGAAAUGAUAACAGAGACCCAGCGAACGAAUGCUUAAAUAUAGUAAAUUUUGCGUACUCUCUACAGGAAAUCAUUGGAGUCGUUAAUGAAGAACUCUUUUUAAAUCUCAGCAUGAGAAUAGGAAUCCACACAGGAAAAAUAAUUGGCGGAAUCGCUGGGACAAAUAUAGUGAGGUACGAUAUUUAUGGAGACGAUGUUUCAGUUGCAAAUAAGAUGGAGAGCCAUGGAGUUGGUGGAUCUAUCAACGUAAGUGAAGUUACCAAAAAUAUUAUCGAAAAAUAUAAGCCUGGAAUGUUUAAUUUUACGUUCAACAAAGAAAUCGAAAUUGAUGCUAUCAAAAGAAAUGUUAAAUCAUAUUUUAUUAAUUUUAAAUAA